AUGUCAAAUUCUGCUAGUUCAUCAACAACACUUAAUUCUUCAACUUCACAACAUAACAUAAACGAAUUAAAGCAAUCUAUUGUAAAAAAGGUUUUUAUUGAUGUUCAAGCAAAAAAACCAAAUUCAUGGCAUGGUAAAUGUUCAGUAUGUUCACAAAAUGUUGUCGAUAAAUAUAGCACCACAUCUAAUUUUGCACGACAUAUGAAGACCAAACAUGAAACUAUAUAUGAAGAAUGGUUAGCUAAGAAAAAUGUUAACACUGAUGCAAAACAACGAAAUCUUGAUGACAUGAUUAAACAGAAAACAAAUAAAUAUUCAUCAACUGAUCCAAGACAAGUUAAAUUAACUGAAUCUAUAGUAAAAGAUUUAAUAAUUGAAUGUGGUGUACCGUUAUCAUUGGUAGAUCAAAAUGGUCAUCAUACAGCUGAUGUUUUAUUGGCUGAGUUUGGAAAAGUAAUUAAUUAUUAUCAUAUUGAAAAAAAAUUAGUACGUUUAAUUACGGAUAAUGCAGCCAAUAAUAUAAAAGCAUUCGAUGACAUUUUACUUCCCGAUUUUGAAACAUAUUUUGAGAAUGAUGACUGUAACAAUGAUGGCAAUGGCUCUUUACAGAAUAAUAAUGAUGAUGAUGAUUGUGAAGAAAUAUUUAAUGAUGAUUCGUAUGACCCAUGGGGAAAUUUUAUCGAUUUUCCACGCGUGAAGGACCGUGAAAUGUCAGCUUGGGCUUUCACGAAAUUUUGUAGGUAAAAACAGCAAGUUUCACGACAGUUUGGCCGUGUUGUUGCAACAUCACACGCGUGGCUACGCGUGAAAAAUCUUCACACGUAUACACAAGUGAACAAUUUUCACGCGUGAUUACGUGUGAAAAAAUCUUGACCAUGCCGACCAUCUAUAGUCAACU